AUGGGGACUGUUAGACUUAUUUGUCUACUUUUCUCUAUUUUUGAGACCUUUGGUCAGCUGAAUUCAAAAGAAAAUGAUGCCUUGCAAGCAAAUAAUCUAUUGGCGAGUACCACGUCUGGUAAAGUAUCAAAUGUUUUGAGAGACAUAUUAAAUCAGGAGAGCUUAGUUCGGUUUUCAAUGGUACAGAAAAUCCAGAGUUUGGUGAUGGAUGUAGCAGAUAGCAAAAAUGAUAAUGAAUAUAUGAAAAAGAAACUGAAUGAUGUAACGGAAAAGUUACAAGCCCUGGACGUGAAGAAUCGUCAAAUGGAGGAUGAGAACGAAAGUCUGCGUCAGGAACUGAAGAUUCUUAGUGAUCAUUAUAACCAUACGAUAGAAUCAUUACAAACCCUACACGAUAAGGAAUUUCUUUUUCUCAAAAACGAAACUUCACGUCUCCAGAACGAAAAUGACGGAACAACUUUAGAUGCCAUAGAAAUCAAAAAAGAGCUCGGAGAGUUUAACAAAGCAUUCGAUUAUUUAAAUUUGUCAAAGGGAGAAAUUAAAAAAGAGUUUCAUCAGAAUAUUCAGGGCCUGCAGAUGGAGGUCGAAGAAAACAGAAACAGUAACCAAGCACAGAAGUUAAGGCUAAGUGAUGUACAAACUCUCUUAACAGAAUAUAUUCAAAACGUUAAUGAAUCUAGGACUGCUUUCCAAAAGCAAAUAGAAGUAAUGGACAAACGGAUGGAGAACUUAGAGAGGCACGGUACCUUAAAUGCACGUGUACAGGUUGUUGAAGACAGUUUACAAAAAUUUUCACUUUCACUGGAUGACAUCCGUGCAGAUCAAAAGGUAUACAUGAACAACAAACACUUGCGGAGAAUUGUAACUGAGAGCCUUACCUCUUGA